CUGAAAAAGGGGGAGACGCAAUUAGUCACCUUGUGCGCUCCUCUCCGUUGACAACCUCCUGUACAUUAAACCGGGCGCGCGACAGCCUUUCACUUGGAAGUGCGCGUGAAGGGACAACAGCAGCCAAUCUGAUUGAACACACGCACUCUUUCCCUCAGAGCGCCGUUCUGCUGACUCAGUGCCUUAUCAGAGCGAACCGGUUCCUCGCCAACGAACAGACCAGAGACGCACCAGUCGCCGCAACAACUCCAGCCAUGGCCAAAACUGCGAUCGCAUACAAAGAGAAGAUGAAGGAGCUCUCCCUCGUCUCCCUCAUCUGCUCCUGUCUCUACCCAGAGGCACGCAAGAACAUCAUGGGCGAGUUUGAAGACAUGGAGGUUAAGCCCAUUAACAAGCGGGCUUCUGGCCAGGCCUUUGAGGUCAUCCUCAAGCCACCCUCUCCCACGGCUGACGGCUCCUACAGCAUCACUACACCUCCCAAAAAGAGGGACAUGUCCCUGGAGGACAUCCAGAAGAAGCUGGAGGCAGCAGAGGACAGGAGGAGAUCCCAGGAGGCUCACGUCCUGAGGGCCCUGGCUGAGAAACGUGAGCACGAGCGGGACGUCCUGCUGAAAGCCAUGGAGGAGAACAGCAACUUCAGCAGGAUGGCGGAGGAGAAACUCAUCAUGAAGAUGGAGCAGAUCAAGGAGAACCGUGACGCCCACAUUGCAGCCAUGCUGGAACGACUGCAUGAGAAGGAGAAGCAUGCUCAGGAGGUGCGCAGAAACAAAGAGCUGAUGGAAGAGUUGACAGCAUGAGCACAUCUCUUUACACCCACUGUCCCAUUACCCCACACCACCCCCUCCCCAUACCUGCGACCUCCCGUCCCCAGAAAGACCCCCUCUCACCCUGCCACCACUGCCCCGUGUAGAAAAGAGCCUCUGGCACC